GGAACAAUUAUAAUUGAAAAUGGACAUACAAAAAACUAGCAUUGGGCCAAAGGCAAAGAGAGCAAGGAAACGUCCAGAAGAAGAUAAGGAGAACAUCAGGAGAAAAAAGAAUAGAGAGAAAAUGAAGAGAUAUAGAAUUAAACUCAAAACUCAACAAGAAGAUAUGGAAGAAGAGAAUGAUACCCUUAAAGUCCAAGUCAUGCAGUUAAAUCAACAAGUGGAUUCUCUAUCAAAAGAGAAUCAAGAGUUAAAAGCAAAAAUCACUGCAAUGAAAUCUAAAUGUUUAUCCCCAAGCCAAAGCACCUCUUUAAGACUCAGAAGCAACAAAAAGUCUGCUUUUGAGAAGAUAGAAACUAAAGAAAUGGAAAAAGAAGGCAGUUCAUUGUGCUGCUCAAGUGCUUCUAAAGUACCAACAAUAAGUACAUGCGAGAAGAUCUUCAAGAGAGAGAACCAUUUCUGGCAAAAUAUCCUUCCUAAUCUGAUCCAGAAGAAUCCAGAAAAGGUCAAGUAUACCCUUAUGGAGCAGAAUAAAGAUAUUGCAGAUGUCAACGGAGCAGCAAGAAUCUCCUUUCUGAAGAGUCAGUUUAGGAACAUAAUUCAGAAUGUGCUACCAUUCAAUGCUAUUGUUACAUUAUUAGUUUUUGAUGAAUUUAAAAUAGAACAAUGGAUAAAACUCAGGAAUAAAUUAUCAGAUCCUGCUCCAGAUCUCUCCAACCUUGAAGUUCCUUCCGAUUUUACUAUCUUCAAAUUAUCAGAUCCAAUUGUAAAGUUCUUCACUCACCACGGUAAAGAUUUGAUAACAAACCUUCGCGAGAUCAGAUCUUUGAUGCAGUCCUUGGUGAAGAUCAGAAAUAAGUUGUUCAGAAGACUGAAGGAACUGAGUGACUUGUACAAGAAGUCAGAGUACAAGUAUGACAAGAAUGACCAUAUUGCUGCCAAGAAUAAGUGGGAUGAAUAUAAGGCUAAAGGGGUCGACUUGUUUCAUAUAUGGAAGAUAGCAAAGAAGCAAUCAGAUUCUGAAUAUAUAUCUGAUUUUGAGAUGAGUGAAUGGGAGGAGGAAUAAAC